AUGUCUCAGCAUCAAUCAACCAUUGAUCCUUCAAAGAACCAGGAUGGUACUCUCACCAGACACAUGCAAUUCCAAAACACACAAGCCACACAAGACCUAGACACUACCCUCGUUAAUGUUCUCUCCAAAGAUGUCCCCCUUAACCCUAUCAACAGCAAUUGGCUACGUAUAUUCCUACCCCGCACUGCACUCUCCAACCAGAGAAAACUUCCUCUGAUUGUGUAUUACCAUGGUGGUGGUUUUGUAUACCUAAGUGCUUCUUCCACCAUAAACCAUGACUUCUGCUUCAAAUUGGCUGAAAAACUCCCCGCCGUGAUUGCCUCCGUCGACUACCGUCUUGCCCCGGCAUCCCGCCUCCCCGCCGCCUAUGACGACGCCGUUGAAGCCUUGCAUUGGCUGAGAGUCACCGAUGAGAAAUGGGUAUGUGAAUUUGGUGAUGUUUCCAAUUGUUAUCUCAUGGGAUCCAGUGCGGGAGGGAACAUGGCUUACCAUGCAGGGCUACGUGCAUCCGUUGGUAAGUUUGACCCUUUGAAGAUCAGAGGGUUGAUAUUACACCAGCCCUUUUUUGGUGGGUCCCAAAGAACUGAGUCUGAGUUGCGGUUGAUUAAUGAUCCUGUUCUGCCUCUUAGGAGCUGCGAUCAGAUGUGGGAGUUGGCAUUGCCAGAGGGUGCGAACAGGGACCACAAGUAUUGCAAUCCGACUGUUGUAGAAGAAGGGGAUGAUAUCUGCUUUGAUGAAAUCAAACGGUUGAGAUGGAAGAUUCUUGUUACGGGUUGUUAUGGAGACCCUUUGAUUGAUCGUCAAGUGCGGUUGGUGGAGAUGUUGAGAAGCAGAGGUGUUGAUGUUGUGGGACACUUUGGAGAAGGUUUUCAUGGGAUAGAACUUUUGGACCCAAGCAAAGACGAGCCCCUCUUUGUUCGAGUGAAAGAUUUUAUACACCAAUGCUAG